AUGUCCAACGGGAAGUUCUCAGGUCCACGUGCUGCUUUUGAGUGGGGAGGCCGUGCCCUGCAGCUUGGCAAGCAGGAAACUUUCAGAUUGGUUUGUACCGAGCUGGCACCCUUGGUGGUGCAGAAGAAGCUGAAACUUAAGGACACCGAGAUCCAGCUGAUCGCAAGUGGCGGCGAAAAGUUGCGAGAUGAACAGACGCUCGGCGAAGCCAGGGUGAGCUACAGCGGCUCCCUCACUGCGGAGAUCGUAGGCCAAGACAAGGAUCCGCAAAAGGCACCUGGCGAGGCAAUACUGGACGAUUCUGCUGGUUCAGGUUUUGGUGAGCAGCCCGAGCAGAGUGAGUCGAAGGACACCGAAAAAAGUCUGAAGAAGGUGGAAGAAGACCUCCUUUCGACCAUUGGGCCAGAUGGACUUCUGACACGGCAGAGAUGUGUCACCAUUUUGACAACGGUUGGCUUCACAGCACAAGAAGCCGAGGCUUUGCUCAAGGACUACGCCCCAGACCACGAUGAGAUCGGUGUACAAGUUUUUCUCGACCUCCUCCGUGCCAAGACUGCAAGCCUUGAGGCAGCACCUUCAACCGAGCAUAAUGAGGAGCUGCUAGAGGAUGGGGAAGUCGUGCAUUCCCCAAGCGGCAUUACAUUCUUGAUACCACCCGCGGUCACUGAGCAAAAGAUCAAGCCAACUGCCCAGUUGGUGACAGAUCUGACGUCCACAGACUUGCAAUCACUAAAAAACCAACUGCAGCCCGGCGAGGUGGUCUUUCAGCCGGUUUUCAGGCUCUCGCCCGAGGAGAACCAAUCAGACUGA